AUGACAACCUCUUCUAAUCGCGAUCUCUUUUUCCAAACUUCUGCUUCGCUGGAAGAGCAAGAGCGAAGAAAAGCCAAAUCUCAGAAUACUAAUGGAAACCCUAUUCAGCUACAGAGCAAGAUUCUAGCUGUUCAAGCUGAUCCAUGGAAUGAGGGAUCCGUUUAUGUGGCGCUCAGUAGCGCCAUUGUGAAACGAAUUGUCCUCGAGACGAGUGAGACAGUAGCCUUAUUCAGAGGCCCAGUUGCCCCAUUGACAAGCAUUUGCUUGAGCCCUGACGGAAAGCUCCUAUUUGCAGGGUGCUGGGACAAAACCGUCUGGAGUUGGGACGUUGCCUCGCGGCAGCUUCAGCGAAAAUAUGAGGGGCAUUCUGAUUUUGUUAAAUCUGUCAUCACUGCUCGAGUAGGUGGGAAAGACCUACUCAUCACAGGAAGUGCAGAUGCUCAAGUACUUGUCUUCGAUAUUGUAACUGGUCAGCGGAUCGAAACCUUCAAGGGUCAUCUCCGAGGUAUCCAGGAUCUUGCAAUCGAUCCUGAGUCAGAUGAGUCUCAACCGAUUAUCUUCAGUGCUGGAAGUGACCGAGAAAUCCGACAAUUCAAGAUCCCUGGUGGUGAUACAGGAGAAAUCUUGCUUCCACAUGAGACCAGCGUAUACAAGAUCUUCUUUGACCAAGAUGGAGAUAUGUGGACUGCCUCCGCCGAAAAAACUGCCAAGUGUCUAGUCCGUGCAGAUGGCUGGAAACCCAACCUGACUCUAGAUCAUCCUGAUUUUGUGAGAGACGUAGUCGUCCAUGAGACUGGCGGUUGGGUUAUCACAGCCUGUCGAGAUGAAGAAGUGCGAGUGUGGAAUCGAUCCACUGGAGAGCUUUAUCACACAUUUUCAGGCCAUUUUGAAGAAGUCACUGGUCUGGCUCUGGUUGGAUCUACUGUGGUGAGUGUGGCUAUUGACGGUACACUACGCCAGUGGUCUCUUCAACCUACAGACUUGCAACAGGCAGUGGAAUGGGCGAAGAAUGGACCAGUAGAAGAGGAGAAGCCAAGUGCCGAACCUGAAUCAAUGUUGACAGAGGAGGAAGAGCGCGAGUUGGCAGAACUUAUGGGUGAAGAUUAG